AUGUAUUUUUGCGUAAAUGACUUACAAAAUAAUGAAUGUAAAGAAUACUUUACCGAACCGCAAAUCGUCGGUACUUACUGUUUCGAUGGUAACAGAUGUUAUCACAGCGAUUUGUCGCAAUUGAAGUAUUAUAAAGAACCAAGAAAUCUGAAUAAUGUUGACUUUAAUCUUGAUGACAAUUUAAAUACAAUUCAGAAACUGGACAAUAUAAAUAAAAAGAUAGAUUACUUAUUGAAAUGGAUCUCAGAGAAUUUUAAUCACCUUCAAAUGGAACGUUCGAAGAAUAGAAGAUGGUUAGAACCGGAAUUUGUUUGCUAUCGCGGCGUGUUAAGUAAUUUACUUGCCACACCAUUUGACAGCAGAGAUGGAUGGAUAAUAUGCGCGUCAAAAUUUAAAGGCACUAUAUAUUUAUGUGGUUUCGAUACAGAUAAAAAGAAACGAUAUGAAAUAAAUAAAAAUGAAUUUCACAAAAGAUGUACUUCUUGGGGCUAUAAAUUUGAACAGUAUUUGGUAUCAGAUAGUCCUUCUGAAAAUCCAGAUCUAUCUAAACCAUUAAAUCAAAAUGAAGAAUUUUGUUGUGUUUUUAAGUCUAGACUUGGCAACAACAUUUUACUUUAUGGUGCUGAAGUGGAUGCCGUUUGUUCUGAGCAUCCAAUACAAGAUACAUUAAUAGGAAAAAAAGUUGAACUUGUAGAAAUGAAAACAAUGCAUCAUAAUGCUCUUAAUCUAUACAAGAAUAGUAUUGCCAGUUACAGAGCACAUAGAACACUUAAAUGGUGGGUCCAAAGUUAUUUAGUGGGUAUAGACAAAAUUAUAUGUGGUUUAAGGGAUAAUAAUGGUAUUGUCCAUUCUAUACAGAAAUUUAAUCUCAACAAAUUAGUAAAGGAUUCAAAGCAUGACUGGAAUCCUGAAGGAUGUACAAGUUUUUGUACAGGGCUUUUAGAACGUAUGAAAGCAGUAAUUUCUCAAAAUUAUGAUAAAUGUCUGUAUAAAUUUACGUAUAUACCAGGAAAAAAUACAAUUACAGUUGAAGAAUUAAAACCUACUCCUGAUUUGGAAUAUGUAUUUCUACAUCCUUGGUAUAUUACUAAAGCAAAUCAAUAUUUUGAGAAAUAA